AAUUCGAAUGCAAUUCAAACAAUCUUAAACUAGGACAGCGUCUCUGCUCCCAAAUAAAUAAACCCGUUGGGUUUUACCCGACUCGAAAUUCUUGAUGGAAGAUGAUAGUGCCGUUGGCGUUGGCGGUGGCGGUGAGCCCUCGAGAGUGGUCGCACCGAAGGUGAUGAAGGCUGGUGACCGCCAGGUUUUCACGGUUGAGCUCCGGCCAGGAGAGACAACGUUUGUUUCGUGGAGGAAGCUUGCCAAAGACGCCAACCGAACCCAUGGAUCUUCCCCCGCUGCCGCUACUGCAUCUCUGGUGGCGGCGUCAGCACCCAAGCCGCCGCCGAAUGCCCAUCCUAACCUCCAUUCUCGCAUCGCUCCAGGAGAAACAGCUGAACAAGAAGCGAAAGAUGAGCCAGCCCCAAAUCGUUUCAGUGCUGUUAUUGAGAAGAUUGAACGUCUUUACAUGGGUAAAGAUAGCAGUGACGAGGAAGAACUGGAUGAAACUCCAGAUGAUGAUCAGUAUGAUACAGAAGACUCUUUUAUUGAUGAUGCAGAGCUGGAUGAGUAUUUUGAAGUUGAUAAUUCAGCAAUAAAACAUGAUGGAUUCUUUGUUAAUAGGGGAAAGUUGGAAAGAAUAAAUGAACCUCCUGUGGUACCUAAUGAACGGCCCAAGAAAAGGCAAAGAAAAGAAGCUGCAAAACUUACCACUGAGAGCGGCAAUGGUCAUUUGUUAAAUAAACAUGUGAAGGCAGCAAAGAUGAUGUCAGGGAGGGCUGAACCAUCUCCUCUAAAGAAUAAUUCUAAAUGUUCUCAGAAUUUGACUGCAUUAGAAGAAAAAUACAGGGAUGUAAAAGGUCAGAAUCAAUCAUCAGUCUCUGGUGUUCCUUCCAAAAAGAAGUCUUCUGUGACAAGACUGGCAUUGGAUACUUUUUCAAAUUUGAAUGAUCCAAAUGGUGGCACUUCUUUACCUUUGGCGGAUGUCAUGGAUAUUGAAAGCUUAAAUAUGGGAUUUCUGCAGUCAGAAAGUGUUGUCGGUAACAACUUGAAAGAUGUAACUGGAUCCUCUGAUGUUUUGCAUAAGAAAUACCAUGAUAAAAGUGCUGUCACUCAAUCCAAACCUCAACAUGGAAAACUAAGAAGCAAUGUUGAUAAGCUUGAACAAUCGGUUAGAACAAGAGAAAACAAUGGCAUUCUUGAAUUGCCAGACAUUAAUGUUUCUGAAGGCAUACAUGCUGUGCGUACAGCAAAAUCUUCACAUAUGAUGAAAAAGGAUGGUUCUACUCUUAGGCCCAAAAGUUUCGUGCUUGAAAAGGCCAUUAGAGAGCUAGAGAAGAUAGUUGCAGAAGCUAGGCCGCCUGCUAUGGAAAAUCAAGAGGGUGAUGCAAUUAAGAGGAGAUUGCCUAAAGAAAUAAAGCUCAAGCUUUCUAAAGUUGCUAGAUUAGCGGCAAGCCAGGGGAAAGUUUCCACGGAGUUACUGAAUCGCCUGAUGAGCAUCCUUGGUCAUUUAAUACAGCUAAGAACCCUUAAGAGGAACCUCAAAAUCAUGAUUAAUAUGGAUGUGUCACCAACAGCAAAGCAAGAAAAAGCUGCUAGAUUUCAACUGAUCAAGAAGGAAGUCUCUGAGAUGAUAAAAGCGAGACUUUCUUCUUUUGAGACAAAGAUAUUGGAACAGCAACCCAGAGCUUCUGAUGAUUUUCAAGAACUUGGUUCUGAAGAAAGAGUUUUCAGAAAAAAAAUUAGCAUGGACGCACCAUUGGAGAACAAGAUUUGUGAACUUUAUGACCUCCAUGUCGAUGGAUUAGAUGAAGAUGCUGGUCCACAAAUCAGAAAGCUUUAUGUAGAGCUUGCACAGCUGUGGCCAAAUGGUAUGAUGGACAACCAUGAGAUUAAGCGUUCAAUUUGUAGGGCAAAGGAAAGACGGAGAGCAAGGUACAAUAGACGUAAGGAUCAGGAGAAAAUCAAGAUGAAAAAGAUGUUGGAACCAGGGGUGGAGGAGGGCGUUCGAGAGGACUCUGCCUCAAGUGCACAUUCACAGCACACACAGGAGAGGUCGGCUGGUGAUCCCGGUACUCGAGCUUUACUUUCAACUAACAAGUCACUUUCAAACACAACAGCAGCUGCCGUCCGGGUUCCGAGUCCCUCGACAAAUGAUUGCAGUUUCGACGGACUAAAACAGGAUAAGUUAAAGGGAAUCUCAAGCAGUGCCAUGGAUGAUGAAAUCAAGAUGGCGGAUGCUUCACUGCCAAAGAAAAAGGUAAAAAGGAAGCCGGAAAAGCAUGAGUUGGGUGAAUCACAUUUCCAGCCCGAAAAGUUAGCUCCGCAACAGGACAUCAAUGACCAGCACAAGUCCGUCAAACAGCCGAUGAAUCUUCCUUUGAAAUCAAAGGUUCCGACGACUGCUCUAAGUUCCGAGCACUAGAGUUAACAUCAUAAACACUCAAUUCUUAGCGUUUUAGUUUUUUUUUUAUUUACUUUCUGGAGAGCUUCAUUGUUUCUUCCAUUUUUGUAAAUAAAUGUUCUUCACUAACUCGUGUUGAGUAGGAGAUAGCGAAAAGUUUGUACGGCAAGUAUAAUUUUCUAGGCUUAGUCAGCUUUUCUUUCAGCUU